UUUGCAAAAGAGGAAUGCGAACGUGAAGAAUCCUGGACCAGUGUGUAUAAGCACGAACACUCAGAAUAAACAAUAAAAAAGUGCUAUUCUCAAAAGCAACAGUGCAAGAUCCGACACAUAUCAACGCCGCUAGCAUCCACGGCACCGCACCGCCCCCCCCCCCCUCGUUCACCGCCCUUGCACAAACCCCCGAGAAGGAGAGGGCGCAGCAUGACUUCGCGGGCGUGGAGGACGACCCGAGGGCCGAAGGUUCUGCACGCCCACCACGUUCUCCUGGCUGCGAUCUACACGCUGGCAGGUGGCAGCAGCGCCGAGGCCAAAAGCGUCACCACACAUUUCGCUCCCAACAACAGUUGCGUGAAUGGCUACUGGAGAGAGGGAGCGUGUGCCUGCGAUCCUUGCUGGGAGGGAGACGUCUGCCAGCAUUACGCUGAUCACUACGGCCCACAGUUCCUGGUCCACGAUGCCACCGUCGUGCUGCCUGCCAACGUCACCGGGAUCGCCUACCGCGCCUGGAGCAUAGACGAGGACCUAGGGCUCACGUGUCCCCUGGGCCCCGGGGAGUCCGCCAGGUGUCCGUGCGCCGUCGUGCAGUACCACCUCUUCGCAGCCCCCGGGGACGUCCGCUUCAUCCUCGACAGGGACACGGGGAUCAUCACCAGGAACCCCAAGAGCAUAUUGGUUCCCGGUUCGACCUACGCGUAUCAGCUGAUGGUGCAGGACGUGCCCCUCGGAAGCGAGAUGUCGGCGGGUCACUUCGACAUCCUUGACCUCAAAAUCUACGUGAGUGAUGACCACGUGAGGAAAAUACCAUGGACCUAACGUGCAGCUUCUGUCGCCUCCCCGAUGAGACGUCGAGGCUGUUCACCGUCGCAACAAGAGUGGAAGCAAGAACGGGUGAAAUAGAAGGAAGAAGACAAAAGAGCAGAGAGGAAUUGUGGGGUGUAAAUUCAAUGUUUUUUUGGGGCUGGUGUGUUUUUAUCCCGACACCGGGUGGGUGUAGAUGGAUGGUGGGUGGCGGGGUGCAGUUGUUUAGUAUAUCACCUGACCAAUUAUUAACAAAAAGGAAGAAAGUCGAAGAGAGA